UUCAAUUUCCCUUUCUCUGAUUUUUUUUUUUUUACUUGAAAACAGUGAGGUGUUUCGAUUCACAGGUUAUCAACGCCCUGGAUUUGUUUGUCUUCAAGCCUUCGAGGAAGCUAUUAAGCAAUUCCCAAAAAUAGCAGAACGUUGUACACCAGACCUGCUUACACUUCAUAGCAAGGCUUCGUUUACAAGGUUACUGAACAUGAGAGAGCGGGGUCAAAGUCAACGCCACGUUGUUAAGGAUAUGUUGCUUUUAAGGCAAUUACGGAAUUAUGGACAUGCUACAUCAUUUAACUUCUCCAGUGGUAGUGUUGUGGACAUGGCUUUUAAAUCAUCAACUCUUAAAUUGGCAGUAGCCAAUGUGGCGACGCAGGAUAUCUACAACCGUAAUGGGAACUUGUUGCUAUGUGACCUUAACAAAAGCGUUACAAAAACACUUUGGGGUCAUGAGCGACCUGGACAAGUCGAAAAUCAAACAUUAACUGUUACUGUCAAUGAUAUCAAGCUCUCGUACUCAAAAAACUUCUUCCUCUCUGGUGCUGAUGACCACCGUGUCAUGGUAAAGUGUUUGGGAUGCAGAAACAGGAAACCAGCUCAAUGUCAUUCAGGAUGCGCGGUCUCGUGUGAACCGUGUUGCCAUCAUGGAGGACUCCCUAUAUGGAGAAGACAUUUUCGCAUCAUGUUCUUCAGGAGGUCUCAUCCACAUCUAUUCGUUGAGUGAGGAAGGCAAAGUAAAAGUUGGAAACAAAGAGCUUGAAUCUUCCGGUGGACGUCGAAGUAUCUCAAGUAUCAACUUUGGCUAUGGUCACUUUUGGGAUUGUCUCGCGGCCGGUGUAGAAGGAUUGGACCAAGGCAUUCAUGGGGAUGCCAUGCAUGGCCAUAUUUAAUUACUUCCCCUCCCCCAUUUAUAGAUUGCCU